UACAGAGAGAGAUGAGUUGAGACGUGAACCACUCAUCUCUCCGUGGCCAACUUGGCAACCACCUCCACACUCCUCGCCGGCUCGAUCAGUAGCAGUUAUGCCCUCCUCGCCGCCGCACCUCGCCGCCGCGCUGGACGCCGCGCGCCCCUUCCUGCGCGGCGAGGAGGAGCAGGUGGACCCGGCGCUCCCGAAGCUGGCCGGCGUGCUGCGCGCGGCGGGCGCCGGCGAGUGCUGGCACAAGCACGGCACCUUCCUGGCCCACCUCCUCGACGUCCACCGCAUCCUCCGCCUCUGGGGCGCCCCCGACGCCGUCGCGCGCUGCGGCCUCUACCACUCCGCCUACUCCAACUCCUAUGUCAACCUCGCCAUCUUCCAGCCCGACGUCGGCCGCGACCACGUCCGCCCCAUCGUCGGCGCCCCCGCCGAGCGCCUCGUCCACCUCUUCUGCGUCGUCCCGCGCCACCAGCUCAUCCACGACGACCUCCUCUUCCACUACGCUGACCAGGACCUCCUCGCCGACCUCGCCUCCUCCGAGGCGUCCCUGCACGACGCGCAACGCGGCCUGUUCCGCGACGCCGAGCCAUGGCGCCUCAAGAUCCAGCGCCUCCUCCCGCCCACAGGAAUCACUGUCAAGCACAUCAGGACCGGCGAGGAUGUGGCGCUGUCGAGGCGAGUCGUGGCAACCUUCCUUCUGAUGACAAUGGCGGACUUCAGUGACCAGCUGUUCGACUGGCAGGACCGCCUCUUCAACAACAGCAAUGGCCACCUCGAGUUCAGUGGCAACAGCUGGGCGUCGCUCUGGCCAGGCACCGGCAAGCCCGGCCUCUGGACCACCUCCAUCUCCCGCAUGGGCGCGCUCUACACCCUCAUCGUUCGCGAGGAAGAGAUAUACAUCGCUCACCGGCAGCAGAGCAGCAGCCUCGGCCGCCAAGAAGGCGACGGCCGUGACGAGGACAUCGAGCUGGUUAUCCCGCCGGUGUUCAACGGCUGCACCGAGGUGGUCAGCGCCGACGACCAGAAGGCGGCACGGGACCUCUACUGGGAGGCAGUCUGCAGCGGCGGCGACGGCGAGGAUGAGACGGAGACGGAUUGGCGCAGAGUGGAGGAGCUCCUGCGGCAGAGCAUUGGCAAGAACCCGUUCGUGGGAGAGCCUCGCGUGGUUCUUGGGCAGGUUCUGCUCAACAUGGAGAUGUACGAGGAGGCAGAGGAGCAGGUGGAGGCGGGGCUGGAGCUGCUGCUGGAGUGGGGGAGCAGCUGGGACAAGAGAAUGCCAUGGGAAGCUUGGGUGUCAUGGGGCAGGGCGAUGCUGACCAAGGCCAAGGACAAGGAUUGGCCGCACACCUCCUUCGGCAUCCUCAGCCUAGGCCUUGUCAAGUGAUCGAUCACCUCGGAUUCAUAUGUAUAUGUGCUGAUGCAGGUGCUGCCAUGGCUUCUUCUUCCAUCCUGUGUACCAAAACUACUGCAGAGUAUUUCUGUCUGUUCCUUCUUUCCUUCCUUCCUUCCUGUCAGUCUCUGGUGGUUAAGCUGCAGGUGCAAAUGUCAGAACACCAUUUGAUAUGCUACCCUCUAAGCAAUUACCAUGUGCAUAGCUCUAUUGACAUGGAAUAUUGUAGACAUACGGUGGAUAUGGAAUAAAUUAUGUUUCCUACUGA